UUGAUGACGUUUGUCGUGACUGCUGCUGCACCCAAAACAAGCCUGUCACUUCACUCAGUCCCUGGUUAUUACUCUGUCUUUUUAUAAAACCAUCACGACACCUGGACUCGGUUGAUUCGAUAAAGCACAGCUAUGUGCAGCUGUGUGCGGGGCUCCAGGGCUCUGUCCCCUGUCCUUCUCCCCCGGCUGCUGCUGCCCCACACGGGGUACAGGUCAGCCAGCAGGGGCCUCUGGACGUCCCCCCACUGCAGGACUGUGAGUGGAGACUCCCAGCCGCUGCCCCUGCCCAGCCAGGCCCGGGUGGUGAUCUGUGGAGGAGGCAUUGUGGGAACAUCAGUGGCCUACCAUCUGGCCAAACUGGGCUGGACUGACAUCGUGCUGCUGGAGCAGGGCAGACUCGGGGCAGGAACAACGAGACUAUGUGCUGGCAUAGUCAGCGUGGCGAAGCCUAUUUCCAUUGAGUGUCAAAUGGCAAACUACUCCAACAAUCUUUACCAGCAGCUGGAGGAGGAGACUGGAGUGAAAACAGGGUACAUCAAGACGGGGUCUCUGUGUCUGGCCCAAAAUCAGGAUCGCUUUCUCUCUUUGAAACGUCUGGCGUCCAGACUAAGGGUGAUGGGGAUCAGCUGUAACAUCAUUAAGCCUAAAGAGGUAGCUAAACUCCACCCUCUUGUGAACAUCCAUGAUCUGGUGGGGGCGCUCCAUCUUCCUGCAGAUGCUGUGGUAUCUCCUCCUGAUGUCAACCACGCCCUGGCUGUGGCUGCUGCUGGACACGGGGUUCAGAUCUUGGACCGAACCAGUGUCCAGCAGGUUCUGGUGGAGAAGGGUCAAGUGAUGGCGGUGGAAACUGACCGUGGCUCCAUCGAGUGUGAAUAUUUUGUCAACUGUGCCGGACAGUGGGCCUACGAGCUGGGCCAGGCGAGUGAGACCAAGGUGUCGGUUCCUCUUCAUGGCUGUGAACACUUCUAUCUCCUCACCAAACCCCUGCAGGGGUCCCUACCGCCCGGCAUGCCAGUGGUCAUCGAUAUGGACGGCAGGAUAUACGUACGACCAUGGCAGGGGGGCCUUCUGUCCGGGGGCUUUGAGAAGAACCCCAAGCCCAUUUUCACUGAAGGCCGGAACCAGCUGGAGAUCCAGAACAUGCAGGAGGACUGGGACCACUUUGAGCCGAUGCUUAGUGCCUUGCUGAGGAGGAUGCCGGGUCUUGAGUCGGCAGAGAUCCAUCAGCUGGUCAACUGUCCGGAGUCCUUCACCCCUGACAUGCGCUGCCUGAUGGGGGAGACACCGGGGAUCUCUGGCUACUACGUGCUGGCGGGGAUGAACUCUUCUGGCCUGUCCUUCGCUGGUGGAGCGGGCAAGUACUUGGCAGAGUGGAUGACGUAUGGUUAUCCCACCGCUAACGUGUGGCCACUGGACAUUAAACGCUUUGGCAACCUGCAGAGCAGCCGGACCUUCCUGCGUCACAGAGUCAUGGAGGUCAUGCCUCUGCUGUACGAACUGAAGGUUCCUCGCUGGGACUUUCAGACGGGUCGUCAGCUGCGGACCAGCCCUCUGUACGACCGCCUGGACACCCAGGGAGCUCGCUGGAUGGAGAAACAUGGCUUUGAAAGACCAAAGUACUUUGUACCUCCAGGGAAAGACCUGCUGUCUCUGGACCAGAGUAAGACCUUCUACAAGCCUGACUGGUUUGACAUCGUCGGGGCCGAAGUGAAAUGCUGCAAAGAGGCCGUCUGCGUCAUCGACAUGUCCUCCUUCACAAAGUUUGAACUGACUUCGACGCAGGACCAGGCCCUGGACCUGCUACAACAUCUUUGUGCCAACGACCUGGACGUCCCCGUCGGACACAUCGUCCACACCGGCAUGCUGAAUGAGAGGGGGGGCUAUGAGAACGACUGCAGCGUGGUUCGCGUCAGUAAAAACAGCUUCUUCAUCGUCUCUCCUACAGACCAGCAGGUCCACUGUUGGUCCUGGAUAAAGAAACACAUGCCCAAUGACCCACACCUCCACCUAGAGGACGUCAGCUGGAAGUACACCGCUCUAAAUCUGAUUGGACCUCGUGCGAUGGACGUUCUAGCUGAGCUGUCCUACGUUUCCAUGACCCCUGACCACUUUCCCUCCAUGUUCUGUAAGGAGAUGAGCGUUGGCUAUGCUAACGGGAUCCGAGUGAUGAGCAUGACUCACACAGGAGAGCCGGGCUUCAUGCUCUACAUACCCAUAGAGUACGCUCUGCACGUCUACAACGAGGUGAUGUCAGUGGGUCAGAAGUACGGGAUCCGUAACGCCGGUUACUACGCGCUCCGCAGCCUGCGCAUCGAGAAAUUCUUCGCCUUCUGGGGUCAGGACCUCGACGCCUUCACCACGCCGCUGGAGUGUGGACGAGAGUUCCGGGUUAAAUUUGACACGGACACGGAUUUCCUGGGUCGCGAGGCCUUGCUGCAGCAGCGUCAGGACGGCGUGUCCCGGCGGUUCGUCAUGCUGGUUCUGGAGGACCACGACACUGAGCUGGACCUGUGGCCGUGGUGGGGCGAGCCCAUCUACUGCAACGGCCAGCUGGCGGGGACGACCACCAGCAGCGCCUACAGCUACACCCUGGAGCGCCACGUCUGCCUCGGCUUCGUGUCGCCGCCUUUCGGUCCCGAGGGGCUCCCCACGCCCAUCACCCCGGACUUCAUCAACCGCGGGGACUACGAGGUGGACAUCGCCGGCCAGCGCUACCCGGCCAAAGCCAAACUGUACCCCUUCAGCUCGCUCUUCACGCAGCAGAAACGCCGCAAGGACGAUCUGGAGAUAGGCAACCUGCAGGGGAAGUGAAGCUUCACCGGGACACUCCUUCAGUUACCAAAUCCACUCCUGCAUUUACCUCGCAGCGCCGACUUCUCACCCCCGGUCUCGCCCUCUACCUGAGGGGCUGUCUGCACAAUCACUCCGAGUCCCUCUUAUAUUUAACUUCCACGACGCCUCUCCCUCGUUCAAAGUGCAAUAUUUAAGAAGCACCAAAUUCUUGAGCCGCAUAACGUACAAGAGCUCCUGUUUUUCAUCCGACUCUGCAGUUCUUCUUCUUCGGCUCUCCUCUGCGUCGUACCGAACGACUCGACGGCUGCUCGCUGAGACGGUCUGAAGUUAAGUGCCUUUGUGAAGGCAACGUCACCUUUAUCUGUUCAGGACUCCGUUUUGUUUCACUUUGUUCACUUUAACCCGCUGAGAAUCGACAAUCUUCUCCUGACGUGCAACGGCCACUUUGAUGCUCCGUCACCGCGGAGCCUGAAGAAGUUUGAGUGAAACGUUCUUUAAUGCUAACGCCCGAACACUACUUAUAAUCUGCAACAUCAAAUUGUACAUUUACUUCUGUAAAGAAUAUGAGUGGUGAGAUGAAUGCAGAUCCUUUAUACGCUCUCUUAUAUCAAGUCCACUGCAGUAUCCUAAACGGUGAGGGAACAUAUCGUACUCAGAGGGGUAAAAAUCAUCAUCAGGCUGAUUAGCAUACGAGCUAACGUUUGUUUUGUGUCUAGUCAUCGCUCCUCCUCGUGUCCUGUUAAGGCUCCUCUGAUUCAGUGUCUUUACCCUCCGCUUUAACCUGUUCUGUUGUCUGAUGUGUGUAGAGUUUGUCUGUGAUGCAUUAUGGGUAAUGUAGUCCAACUUUUCUUUUUUUGGUUUGAGGUCACUUUGAGGCUGUUUGGAUGCUUCAGUUUCGUUUGAUGGGUGUGUCGUUGGACCCCCCCCCCCCCCCCCAUGUUGGCUUUAAUAUCUCACCUGCAUGUUUAGAGUUCUACCUUUUAAUUGUGAUUAGAAAUAAAUUAAUGUAUUUUUGUACAGCUAGUGUGUAUAAAAUCUCUAUUUUCAGAACUGAA